UUUUCCUGCGGGCAGGUGAGCGGCGGCCUCGCUUUCGCGACCUCUCGCCCCGCCUCCUGCUUGGCUCGCCCCCGAGGCGUUGCCAUGGGGACCCAGCGGCCACAGCCGGCCUGUGGCGCCGCCGCCUGCCUGGUCGCUUCUGCGGACCAGGCGGCGGCGACGGCGGGAGCUCAUGGAGCUUUCGAUUAACAGCGUGGACAAGACCAGGAAGCGGUCGGGCCUGGGCCGUUGCAAGCAUUUCUUUUGGCUGGGCGUCGCCUUCGACACGGUGGGCGCGACCAUGCUGUUCACCGGGGUCUUCGCCGAUCUGCUCUUCUACGACCUGUUGCUCUACCUGGGUUCCAUCAUCAUCUUCCUCAGCCUCCUCUGGUGGGUUUUCUGGUACAGCGGUAACAUCGAACUCUCUUCUGAAGAGCCCUUGAGCAGGCCGUACCACCUGCCCUCCGCCACCACGCUGGAAGUCCUGAGCCAGACCAUCAGCAACCGCUUCUCUUUCUCCAUGGGCAGCGUUUCCAGCACUUUUAUGCGGAUGCGGCGGCGGCGGCACCGCAGGAGGUUCCUGCAAGGGAGUGCUCUGGAUAUGACCGUCACGGGCCAGGUCGAGAACCAGCUAGACCAGGACAAAGACGGGAUGGAAGGUGCCAAGGAGAGCGGCGACGCUCAGGGCUUUGGCAGCGAGGAUCUCCCCAAACCCGAAGCUGUCAAAAGUUUAGAGGGAGUUUACCCCCUGGGCCCUGAUGCCGGUCCCCUAGGCCCAGAGGCUAGUCUCCCAAGGUUUGUUAAGGGACCGUCGACCCAUCUGGUGCUGCCGUUCACUCCAUCUCCUCUGGACCAGCCUCUAACUCCAGCCAUCCUGGCUUCUAAGAGCCUGCCCAUAGUCCCCAUGGCCUCUGCUAGCCAGCCUCCACCAAUUCUGACUUCUAAGAGCCAGCCUGUAGUUUCCUUGGCCUCUACGAGCCAGCCCCCUGCAGUUUCUCUUGCCUCUGUGAGCCAGCCUGCUGUCCCGUUGGCCUUUACUAGCCAGCCUCUACCUAUUCUGACUUCUAAGAGCCAGCCUAUAGCUUUCUUGGCCUCUACUAGCCAGCCUCUACCUAUUCUGACUUCUAAGAGCCAGCCUGUAGCUUCCUUGGCCUCUACUAGCCAGCCUCCACCUAUUCGGAUUUCUGAGAGCCAGCCUGUAGCUUCCUUGGCCUCUACUAGCCAGCCUCCACCUAUUCUGGCUUCUAAGAGCCAGCCUAUAGUUUCCUUGGCCUCUAUGGGCCAGCCCCCUGCAGUUUCUCUUGCCUCUGUGAGCCAGCCUGCUGUCCCGUUGGCCUCUACUAGCCAGCCUCUACCUAUUCUGACUUCUGAGAGCCAGCCUGUAGCUUCCUCGGCCUCUACUAGCCAGCCUCUACCUAUUCUGACUUCUAAGAGCCAGCCUGUAGCUUCCUUGGCCUCUACUAGCCAGCCUCUACCUAUUCGGAUUUCUGAGAGCCAGCCUGUAGCUUCCUUGGCCGCUACUAGCCAGCCUCCACCUAUUCUGGCUUCUAAGAGCCAGCCUAUAGUUUCCUUGGCCUCUAUGAGCCAGCCCCCUGCAGUUUCUCUUGCCUCUGUGAGCCAGCCUGCUGCCCCUUUGGCCUCUACUAGCCAGCCUCUACCUCUUCGGACUUCUAAGAGCCAGCCUGCUGCCCCCUUGGCCUCCAUGAGCCAGCCCCCUGCAGUCACUCUUGCUUCUACGGGCCAGUCUGCUGUCCCUUUGACUUCUACUACUCAGCCUUCAGUCCUCUUUGCCUCUAAGAGCCUGCCUGCUGUCUGUUUGUCCUCUACCAGUCAGCCUCUGACCAUCCUUACCUCUCAGAGCCACCCCCUGGUACCUGUGGCCUCUCAGAGCCACCCCCUGGUACCUGUGGCCUCUCAGAGCCACUUCCUGGUAUCUGUGGCCUCUGACAGCCACCCCCUGGUGCCUGUGGCCUCUCAGAGCCACCUCUUCAUGACUGUGGCCUCUCAGAGCCACCUCCUGGUGCCUUUGGCUUCACAAAGCCAGCUCCAGAAUCUUUCUCAGGCCUGUCAAACUCAGCCACCACUUCUUGAGGCUUCGCAGUCCCAGGGUCUGGCCACCCAGGUCUCUCUACUCCAGCUUCUGCCCACCCAGUCUUUUCCAACCCAACCUGUGGACCUUCAGGUGGUCCAGGCUAUCCAGGAUUUUCAGGCCAUGUAUCACACCCAGCAGGCCUCCCAGAGCAGCUCUUUGGUUCAGAGGAUUGGACCAAGUCAGUCUCCAUCUGCCCAGGAGUUUUACAAAGAGCCAGUUGCUUUUGAGAGCCCACCACCAGUGGGCCAGGAUCUAAGUCAGAACCCCCCUGACAUCGCAUCCCUGCUCCCUGAGUCCCCAGCUCCAGCUGCUCAAGCCCAGCAGUCAGUGCCCCCUGGAAGGGCACCCACCCCUGUCCCGCAGAGGAGGAGUCACUCUCUCUAGCACAGAACCAGGCCCCAGCCUUCCGAGUGGCCCUCAGGCCUCUGCCAAAACUUGCCAAUGUUCCUACAGAUUUAAGUGCCAAGUUUAUAAAAGCACAAAUACUUACCUUAAUCUCGUUUUGGAAACCUCCGUCUGGAGUCCUGACCUAUCUCAGACCAGCGGACUUAACCAGACUGCCUCUGCCAAGUAUACACUUCAGUGUUGGGGAGAAUUUUCCAGUCUCAGAUAAUAAAGAUAUUUAUUACCAGAAUCUUAAGCCAUAAUAAACUAUGUUAUACCAAAUGAACUUUGCUUUAAAAUAAGUUGGUCUUUAAAAUAGACUUCUCUUGUGAAAGCAUUCCAGCAUUAUAAGUGGAAAAUAAUGUCUCACAUAUUCUGGGUGAAGAUGUAAGUACAAAUCCCACAGAAAUGGACAUUGAAAAAUGUAGCUCCUUGUAUUUAAGGAUACUUUGUGACCUCAUUAAGCUAUCAGAAAGGUUAAUACAAUGUAUUAUAACAUGUUAUAGUUUAUAUUUAUGUGUUCAUUUAAGUAACAUGAGAUUCCCUUUUCCUCAAGGAUUUAAAACCUGCUGAUUUGAUUGCAUACGUUAAUGAUAAUCAAAUAAAAUUCAUUUGGG